GCGACAAAAAGCUAAACCGUGCGCUACCAACACGUAGAAGAACAAGAAGUCCUUUCAAAGUGAGUCAAAUCGGCAACACACACUUCGCGCAGAGUGGCUGUCGUUCUUUUUUGGUGAAAUUUAGUGAAUUUAGCCUCCGAAGCUAGCGAAACAGAUACCGAAAAGUGGAACUGAUAAGAUGUCUUCAGGCGAACAGCAAACACAGGCCACCACCGGGCAGCCGCACCUCCAGAAACAGGAUCUAUCCCAGCUGGAUGUCGCCAAAUUGACGCCCUUGUCUCCGGAGGUUAUCUCGCGUCAGGCCACCAUCAACAUUGGUACCAUCGGCCAUGUAGCACACGGAAAAUCCACCGUGGUUAAAGCUAUCUCCGGAGUUCAGACGGUUCGUUUCAAGAACGAGCUCGAACGUAACAUUACCAUAAAACUGGAGCCGUUAGCUGACGAGCUUAUCGAGCGAUUAACGACGUGUCCUGCGGAAUUGGGACAGUUUAUAAAAAUGACCCACGAGCGAUACAAGAUAAAGACGCCCCCGGCGGCAGUUGGGAAGCGCAGGUUGUCUGAUUCGAGCCCGCCGGAUGGGAGCCGCUUCAAGCAGGCUAAAAUAUACUCCUACUUCAGCGGGACGCCUGUCGGAGAUGCCAAGCUGCGGCAACGAAAUAUCGAGUACUACUUCAAUAAAGCCAUGAGUGGUGAGAGCGCUGGACAGAACCACGAUAAUGAUGGGCACAAGGAAGAUGACACUGAUUCGGUGAUAAGCGUUGAUUCUCAAGGUAGAUCCCGGAGAAGUCUUUCGGUUAAAUCUGACUAUAGCGAAGGAUCUUCUCGAGCCUUGCGGCGACGGAAAUCAGUAGUGUCGGUUAUGAGCGAAACUAGCACCAGUUCACCGUCAACUAGGAAAGAUGGAUGCGAAACACCGGUUUCUGCUAGUGGCAAAAAGAAGAAAACAUACAAACCGAAAGUUAACAAAGACGGAGAAUACGCAGUGGAACAGAUUAUCGAUAUACAAGAGAUUUCCAAUGCACCCCACUUUGAGAUUAAAUGGCGUGGCUACAGCACCAAAAGUAAUACGUGGGAACCGUUGAAUAACAUCCGAACAUGCGAUUUUAUUCAUGAGUUUUUGCAGUAUCAAAUCGAAGCGUACCAAGACACGAUAGAUGGUUUCCGUGAAGAAUUACGCCAAACGGAAGAGUACAAGGAGACGUUGGUCAAACACGAAUCGAAAUCUUUCAAAGAUAUUUCGGAGGAGCAUGAAAAAUUCGACCCGCUGGGCUUCGAUAGUGACUUGAUCCUAUAUGCUAAGAUUAUCAGCAAUGGGUCCAAAAACAAGCGUGUAUAUGACAGGAUCAUAUCUAAUCUAGGCUUGGAAAUGUCUUACCAAAAGCGUCACCAGCAGCUAAUCAAAAUGAAAGAGUUCGAGGAUAUGAUUAACGAGUUUGAGCCAAGCAGUAAGAUAGUGGUGGAAAAUAUGGAGGACCUGGAUGUCCCUCAGAAAAACUUUCAAUACAUCAAGGAGAACUUCGCCGGCGAAGGUGUCAUAAUUCCUGACGAUCCACCGUAUGGUUGCGAAUGCGAACAGUGCACUUUUCGGAGUGACUGUUGCGGAAAAAUGGCUGGCUCGAAACUGGCGUACAACACGAAGAAACGUUUGAAUGUAGCACCCGGAACGCCUAUCUACGAGUGUAACAAGCGUUGCCGGUGCAACGCGGAUUGCAACAAUCGUGUCAUGCAGAAUGGACGGAAGUUCAACGUGUCGCUGUUCAAAACAUCCAAUGGGCGAGGCUGGGGUGUCAAAACCAAUCAAACCAUUUACGAGGGUUGGUACAUCACAGAGUACAUUGGGGAGGUUGUGACCUAUGAGGAGGCAGAGAAACGUGGCCGCGAGUACGACGCCGUUGGUCGAACCUAUCUGUUUGACCUUGACUUUAACGGGAGCGACAACCCGUACACGAUCGAUGCCGCUCACUAUGGAAACAUUGCACGUUUCAUCAACCACUCGUGCGAUCCAAACUGCGGCAUCUGGUCGGUAUGGGUAAACUGUCUGGACCCGAAUUUGCCCCGAUUAGCCUUUUUCGCCAAGCGAAAAAUCGAAGCCGGUGAGGAGUUGACCAUCAACUAUCAGACGCAGAUAAACGAAAGCCGGGCGCUGGAUGUUAGCCAGGAGAACGAGGAGCAGGGUGAUGGUGGCCCAGGAAGGGGUAAACCGGACCCGGAGAAUUUAACCGAGUGCCGAUGUGGAGCCGACAACUGCAUGAAAUAUGUGUUCUGAUUUAAUUUCGCUCGUCGUCGUCUGCCGCUGGAGGUAGAUUAAAUUUCACCGAAUUAGUCUGUAAGCGCAAAGAUAUUGAUUGUAUUUUUACAAUUUUAAAAUUGAUUAAGUUUACCCACAACGGAAUCGUGUGCCUGAAUAAAUGAAGCGUUGUCAUGCAUUGA